CCCGCACUGCAAGGCUCGACAUUCGCCAUGGCCGCACGGAAACUCCAGCAGGAGAUCGACAAAUGCUUCAAGAAGGUCGCCGAAGGCGUCGCGACCUUUGAAAGCAUCUAUGAGAAGAUUAUGCAGACGGGCAAUCCGUCGCAGAAGGAGAAGCUCGAGGACCAGCUGAAGAAGGAGAUUAAGAAACUGCAACGGUCGCGGGACCAGAUCAAGACAUGGGCAGCCAUGUCCGAGAUCAAGGACAAGAAGCCGCUGCUAGACCACCGCAAGCUCAUCGAGACACAAAUGGAGCGCUUCAAGGCCGUUGAAAAGGAGAUGAAGACCAAGGCAUAUUCCAAAGAAGGCCUCCAAUUAGCAUCCAAGAUUGACCCCAAAGACAGGGAAAAGAUGGAAAUGGUUGAAUUCCUGCAGCACAUGAACGAGGAGCUCGAGCGACAAAUAGAAACAAUCGAGGCCGAGGUCGAGACGCUCAACGCCAACGUCAAAAAGUCCAAGAAGGGCGACAAUUCCAAAAUAGAGCGCGUGUCCGAGCUGGAAGAGGCGGUCGAACGGAAUAAAUGGCACCAAUCCAAGCUGGACCUGCUGCAGCGCGCGCUGGAGAAUGGCAGCGUCGAGACAGAACAGGUCAAGGAGAUUGAGGACAGCAUCAAGUACUACGUCGAGAGCAACCAAGACCCCGAGUUCAUGGACGACGACACAUUGUACGACGACUUCAACCUGCAGGAAGAGGAGGCCAUGUACGGACUGGGCGAGAACCUCGACCAUGUCUCGUCACACGAAUCGCAGUCGAUAGCCGACGACACCCCCGAGUCAGACAUACGGCCGCCAGCACCAAAACCAAAGGCAGCCGAAGCCGUGCAGCAAGGGGCAAGGCGAUCGUCGACGCAGAUGAAGUCGCCAUUACCGGCGUUAGCGACGUUGCAUACGCCAUCGCCUGGCUCUGCAAAUACUACGGCAAACGCGAUGAAGCCCGCGCCGAUACCAACGCGAACGCCAGGAGAGCCAUUGAAAUAUGCUUCAGCUGCGGCUGCUGCGGCUGCUAGCGAUAAGAAUGGAGUGGGCAUUGCCCCAUUGCCACCACCACCUGGCGCCUCUGCGGCUCAAUCCAGCCUCACUGCUGGCGGCGCACGUGCAAGCGCAACCAGCUCACCAGCCAUAACGCAUUCCCAGCCAGCCUCACAAGCACAGCCAGCCAAGUCCGCACAGGCCUCACCUGCUCCUGCCGCUAGCGUACCUGCGACGGCUGCCGUGGAGAAGGAAGCACCUGCGCAAGCUGCACCGGCCGAUGAUGCCUCCAAGGCCAAUAGGAGAACGCCUGCUCCCGAGCCUGUAGAAGAAGAGGAAUCCCAGGCUGCCACACCACCACUGACGAACGGAGACUCGCACGCCGAAGAUGAAGAAGAAGAGUCGGUCUACCACCUCCCCUCAAGCCUGCAGGAUUUGCUUGAUUCAUUCGAGGCGACCAAAAAUGACAUUUCUGCUUCGGCGUCCAAACCUCCGGAUGAGCGUAUGCUCGUGGCAUCCAUGGCCACCGCCCCCGAGUCCGCAGACACUGAGGCGCCGCGUCACUACCGUCCCCAAAACCCAUACCCGUUCACGCCUGCCCACUACCCGCAAGAGCCGUUGCCGAUAUUUGACGAUCCUCGCUUGUACUCCCGCAUCGAGACCGAUGCUCUCUUCUAUGCCUUCUACUACCGUCAAGGCACAUAUCAGCAAUAUCUGGCCGCCAAGGCACUAAAGUCGCAGAGCUGGAGAUUCCACAAGCAAUACCAAACUUGGUUCCAGAGACACGAGGAACCAAAAGCGAUAACCGAAGACUACGAACAAGGAACAUACCGAUUCUUCGACUAUGAGAGCACAUGGAUGAACCGAAGGAAAGCAGACUUCCGAUUUGCGUACAAGUUUUUGGAAGACGAGCUAUGA